AUGCCACUGCCUAAAGCAGGAAAUUCCAAGAAGGCUGUGGCAACAAAGAAUUCGUCGUCUAGUCGUAAGUCUGCAAAGAGCAAGUCAUCCGAGGAUUCUGAUGAUGAUGACAACAUCACUGGUGGAUUGAGGUUGCUUAAGCGAGGGAUGGUAACCAUGAAUAAAAUUACCAGGCGACUGAUUCGAGCAAAGAAGCUAAAGGUGAAUUCUAAUGCUGAUGGGGAGCCAAUUGGGAAGGCAGCUAAGGAGAUGCAGUCAUACAUUGGGGUGUUGGCACGCACCAAGAUCCCAAUAUCUAUAAAUGAUUGGAGAAAUGUGCCUUUGGAUGAAAAAGACAAGAUUUGGAAUAGUAUUCAGGAUGCUUAUGUGGUGCCAAAACAAUGGAAGAAAUUGGUGAUUACAUCAGCCGGCCACAAAUGGAGAGAGUUCAAGAGCAAACUAACCAACUGGUACAUUAUUCCCUAUCUGGAUUCUCCUGAACUUUUACAGUUCCCUCCAGAUGAUUAUCAAUCCAUUGAGGCUGAAAAAAUACCGAUUGAAGAAUUGGAUCGUGCUACGAUGUGGAUAAAGGCCCGGCAAGACAAGAGCGGCAACUUCAAAGGGCCAGCAGUGAAGAAGAAGGUCAAAAAAAUUGAAAGUUUGAAGAGGAAAGUGUUUGAAGGAGAAAUCAACCCUGAAGGAACAGAUGAUGUUCUGACUUUGGUGUUGGGAAAUCCUGAGUAUCCUGGUAGGGUACGCGGUGUUGGUGGCUUCGUCAAGCCUUCGGCAUAUUUUCAUCUACCUAAACGCCAAAUGCUAAAUGUAGAAGAUAGUGUCAGGGUAAGUGUUAAGAAGAUACUAGCAGAAGAGAAAGAAAAUAUCAUUGCUCAGGAAAGAGCCAAAUGGGAGUUGGAGAUGGAGCAACAAAUUGCUAGGGAAAGAGCCGCUUGGGAGGAAAGGUUUCAGAAGUUAGAAGCGAUGGUUAAUGGGAAAGAGAUGCCAGCUGACUCACCCAAACCUGUGACACCGCUGAAUGAUUUAGGCUCUGGCCAGGGCAGCUGUUCAAGGCAACUUGAAAAGGCUGGUUUGAAAGCUAUUGAAAUUGAAGCUGCCAAAACUGCCAAGAAGAAGUUAGAUUUAGGGGAGGACCAGCAGAAAGUAGUUGAGGAGAAUGAAGUCUUUGUGGAUGGGGAGCUGAACAUCAAACUAACCUCAAUUAUUGAGGAGGAGGUUAGAAAUGAUUUAACUCCGAAAAAAAAUGCAGUUGUGGAGCAAGUGUUCAGUCCACCAAUAUUGUCCAGUCAGGGUGUAAACUUGCGAUAGAUUCAUUGGACAACAUAGUGGCUGAAGGAACGAUCAUUCAAGUGGAUGUUGAGUCCGGCAAGCAAA